AUGUCGGAUCUCAGCAACAAGAAGAGAAAGAGAGACGGGGAAAAGGCUGGUUCUGCGAAGAAAAAGGUCGUCAUUGACGCACCGGCUUCAAUUGCAACCGUCUCCUCCGUUCUCCGGCCCAAAUCAUGCCCUCCUGUGAUUGCAAACACUCCGGGAAUGGAAAUGCCCUCGAAUUUGGUCUUUAACUCAUAUAUUCCCAAAAAUGCCUCUUCAAAGUCCAAAAAGGCAGCCGACAAGGCACUCCUGUUGCACUCCACGACGCACCGCAAUCUGGACUAUACGGCAAGGGAAGAAGAGUCUCCCGAUUCAAAGCCACUUCUGAACCACUUCAUCGGCAUCUACGAUCCCAAGACUGGCAAACUGCAAGUUGUCGAAGCGAAGAAGAUGGUUGUACGAGGCGCCGUUCGCUCUAAACAAGUGCCAACUUCUACAGAUCAGACGGAAGCCAAGACGAGCAUCAUGGACCAGAGGACAGAUCUUGGACAGACUUUCGGAACGAAGAAGGCCAAGAAGGUUAUCCAAGACAAGGUGUUGAACGCCAUCGCUCCUCAGAAAAAGCCUGGCGACUUCAGCACGCCCAAGUUGGACGACGCCUCCAAGGCUAUUCUCAACUCCAUCGGUGCAGUCACAUCCACAAUGGCCUCAAGAGAAGAGCUGCAGGCAGUCAUCGACGAAGCCAAGCCGGUACCCAAGGCGAAUCUCGACGCAGAAGACAUUUACGACGUAUACCGCCCCGAGGAAAUCAUCGGAUCAGAUAUUCUCAAUCUUGUUCCUAUUCGAGAAUGGCAGGAGAAGGCGAAACAUGGCGAGAGCAUACAGUUCCGCUCCCGCUAUGUCGUCUCUCGCGUGCAAGCCAUUGCCUCCAACGAAUCUGCCGAGAUGCGGCUGCGCGUGCUCAGAUACCUCUCCAUCGUCCUCCUGUUCUAUCUCUACUCCAAACCCGGCCGCCAAAGGGGCACUCGGCAGGCGCCGCCCCGAGAUAAGCUCCGGGAGCUGCUCGCCCCAGCCCCUGAGGCGGUCGUUGAAAACAUUCGUCGCAAGUUUUCGGAUGGCGGCCAGCUGAGGAAAUUCCACAUUGACCUGCUCAUCGCGCACUGCUGCGCACUUGCUUGCAUCGUCGAUAACUUUGAGGUGGACACGCAGAACCUGAGAGACGACCUGAGGAUAGAACAGAAGGUGAUUAACCAGUACUUCCACGAGAUUGGAGCCAGGGUGAAGCCUGUAAAGGACAAGGCGGAGGAUCGAAUGCUGCACAUUGCGAAGCUUGCGCUACCACUAGACUUUCCGAAACAGCGGCAGAUCAGAGCGCGUCGAUGA